GGGGAAACAGUCCGCUAGCUUAAUGAUACAUUCAAGUGGAUCAGGGGAAAACAUAUUUGCUACGCAUGGUGAACGCAGCGAUGAGCACCAUCAUGUUCUUCUCCAUAGCAAACCACGAUAUCACUGUGGUGGGAGCAGGUGGGUCCUACACAAAACCAUUCAAAAGUGAUUAUAUCACCAUAUCCCCGGGUCAAACCAUUGACUUCUUGCUCGAAGCCAAUCAGGCCCAGGACCACUACUACAUGGCUACCAAAGCCUAUAGUAGUGCUCCAAGGGCCGCGUUUGAUAACACAAUCACCACAGCCGUCGUUCAAUAUAGCGGAAAUUAUACCCCGUCUUCCUCGCCACGCAUGCCUGUUCUCCCGGCAUUCAAUGACACCAAUUCAUCGGUCGCUUUCACCGGAAAGCUUCGAAGCUUAGCUGAUGAAAAUCAUCCCAUAAAUGUCCCACUCAAUGUGACAACUAAUUUGUUGUACACUGUUUCAGUCAAUUUGUUUCCAUGCCCGGAUAAUAACACGGCUCGGUGUGCUGGACCUAAUUUAAGUAGGUUCGGGGCAAGUGUGAACAACAUAAGCUUCGUUCUACCCAAAAUAGACAUUCUUCAAGCUUACUACAAACAUAUCAAGGGAGUUUAUGGUACAGAGUUCCCUUCCUUUCCACCGCUCAGCUUUGACUUCACGAAUGAAACUCUUCAUGUUCGACUUCUGCAACCUGAUCGAGGAACAGAAGUUAAAGUGCUUGAAUAUGGCACAACUGUGGAGCUUGUUUUCCAAGGAACAAAUUUGUUGUCUGGGAUCGAUCAUCCGAUGCAUUUGCAUGGGUACAGUUUUUACGUUGUUGGUUGGGGUUUUGGUAAUUUCAACAAGAGCAAAGACCCUCAGAGCUAUAAUCUCGUGGAUCCACCUCUUGUGAACACAAUUAUUGUUCCUAGGAAUGGUUGGACUGCCAUUAGGUUCUUAGCUGAUAAUCCUGGGGUGUGGUUUAUGCAUUGUCAUUUUGAACAACAUACAAGUUGGGGCAUGGAAAUGGCCUUUAUAGUGAAAGAUGGAAAGCAGUCCAGUGAAAAAAUGCUGCCAUCUCCCUCGAAUAUGCCGAAAUGUUGAAGACAUAAUUAAUAACAAUUGAUAAUAUUAUUAAUUUAUUUGAAUCAUUUUUUUUUUAUUUCUUCAUUUUUUAUUUAUUUAUUUGUAUUGUUUGCAUAAAUAAAAACCAUCACUGUAAUCAUAAUGUAAUUUAAGGUUCUUCUCGUGUUACUGAUGUUAAUUAUAUUCCUCAUUAUAAUUAUUUGUAAUUCCG